CGGCGGACGAACGGACGAGAGCGGGUGCGCGGCUGAACUCCCACCCGCGACCCACCACCACCACCGAUGGCUCUGCUUCCCGCCGCAGGGGCGGCGGCGCCGGCGACGCCGUCCGCCGCCAAGCCGUGCGGCCUCAGGCGGCCGUCUGCUCCUCCUGCCGCGGCCCUGCGGCUCGGGCCGCUCUUCUGGCCGUGGGAAAAGGUGAAAAUUGGUCCCCUUUCUGUUUCCCCCAUGGGUUUUGGAACAUGGGCAUGGGGAAACCAGUUACUUUGGGGCUAUGAAGAAAGCAUGGACAACGAACUUCAGGACUGCUUCAAUCUGGCUCUAAGGAAUGGCAUAAACCUUUUUGACACUGCUGACUCUUAUGGAACUGGAAGGCUGAAUGGACAAAGCGAACGGCUACUCGGUAAAUUCAUCCUUGAGUGUGAAGGGACGAUUAAAUCUCCAGAUGAUGUGAUCAUUGCAACUAAGUUUGCUGCAUAUCCUUGGCGACUUACAUCGGGGCAGUUUGUCAGCGCCUGCAAGUCUUCUUUGGAAAGAUUACAACUUGAUCGGCUCGGAAUAGGGCAGCUGCAUUGGUCUACUGCAAACUAUGCGCCCUUGCAGGAGCGCGCCCUCUGGGAUGGACUAGUUGAAAUGUAUGACAAGGGUCUCGUUAGUGCUGUCGGCGUCAGCAAUUAUGGGCCAAAGCAGCUUCUGAAGAUCCACAGCUAUCUAGCUUCUAAAGGAGUUCCGUUGAGCUCAGCUCAGGUUCAGUUCUCACUACUGAGCAUGGGUGACGAUCAGAUGGAACUGAAAACUGUGUGUGAUUCAUUGGGCAUUCGUCUCAUCGCAUAUAGUCCGCUUGGACUAGGAAUGCUCACUGGGAAAUAUGAUGCUUCUAACCUCCCAAAAGGACCAAGGUCAGUGCUGUUCCGACAAAUUCUUCCUGGGCUGGAGUCUUUGCUGUCUUGCCUGAGAAGGAUUGCUGAAAAGAAGGGGAAAACCAUGUCUCAGGUGGCCAUCAACUGGUGCAUCUGCAAAGGCACAAUUCCUAUCCCAGGCGUUAAAAUGGUCAGGCACGUCGAGGAGAACUUGGGUGCGCUCGGCUGGAGGCUGAGUUCUGCUGAGAUCGCAGAGCUUGAGGCCGCGGCGAUGGCAGCUCCAAAGAAGAUGGUCCAGAAUGUCUUCCAGACUGCCUGAUCAUGUGCAGGAACCUGAGUCUGAAACUCUGAAUACCGACCCCAGGAUGAUUUUGAACCUGAAUCUCGGUACCAAAUAUAACAGACAAUGGUGUCAGAUGAGAGUAGAGGGGUGGUUUCUUUGCUGAGUUCAGAUUUCCACUCGCAGCAAACCCUGCUCACUGAUUUAAAAUAGCGUUGCAGUAUGCAGAUCUCAAGAAGCUGUGUAUGCAUGUUUCUGCAACCAUCAUUCUGAAACUCUGAAACAGGACAGCCGUGAACUUUCUUCCUGUAAGAUUCAUAUAGAGAGAGAGAGAGAGAUUAAAGGGGGAAACCGUUAAA